AAUAGUCAUGAUAUCAAGUGCUAUACGGGCAACACUGAAACUAGAUAGAACUAAAAUGUCUUAAACAAAAUUAGAUAAAGAUGGAAAGUAAGCCUGACAUUAUAUAGUACAUUGCUGUAGAAAUAAGAAAACCUUCUUUUCAUCAUUCUCAUAUGUAUAUGGACAUGACACAUUACACUCCAUUAUUGACAAGAUUUCUGUAUAUAUGUUAUAUGGAAGUUUGUUUCUGUCUCCAUUAAUAGAAUUGAAUGUAGAAAUUUCCAUUGUCUCCAAAAACAGUAAAAACCAUUCUAUAAUAAGUUGUCUCAUUUGUAAGAAACUAAAGAAUGAACCCUCACUGAACAACCAAAUUAAUUCCUCCCAAUUAUAUUACUACCUUGACAUCAAUAGUCAGAUUUUAUCAUAUCUGGUAUUUUAAUUAUAAGGAUUUGGGCACCCCACUAUUUUUUUUCUAAUUAUUCUAGAAGGGUGCCCCUAUAUUCCAUAAUCUAGAUAUUUUUUUAUUUUAGUAUCCCUUCACAUCUAUAUAUAGUUAGUAUAAACUAUUGAAAUAUUGCAAGAGAGAAUUCCAAAGCUUCUAUAUUUCAUCUUGUUUUCUCCGUUUGGUGUGGAGUGAUGACUAGAAAGAAGGUGAAACUUGCAUUUAUCAGCAAUGAUUCUGCAAGAAAAGCAACCUUCAAGAAAAGAAAGAAGGGUCUGAUGAAGAAGGUAAGUGAACUUAGUACUCUUUGUGGUAUUGAUGCUUGUGCUAUCAUUUAUAGUCCCUAUGAGUCUCACGCUGAGAUCUGGCCAUCUCCUAUGGGAGUCCAAAGAGUUUUGUCUCAGUUCAAGAAGAUGCCUGAGAUGGAGCAGAGCAAGAAGAUGGUGAAUCAGGAUAGCUUUCUCAGGCAAAGGAUUGGAAAAGGGAAUGAACAACUGAAGAAGCAGCGGAAAGAUAACCGUGAAAGGGAGAUGACUGAGAUCAUGUUCCAAAGCCUCACAGGGAGGAGCCUCCAUGGUUUGAACAUUCUAGACUUGAAUGAUAUUGGAUACUUGAUUGACCAACACUUGAAGGACAUUCAUACCAGGGUGGACACCUUGAACAGGAUGGCAGUGCAACCUCAGCCUGUGGCGCCAAAGCCUUUGACUGUUGGUGAGAGCUCUCAGCAGGCAGUGAGGGCUGAUUUUGAGAUGAAUGGAGAUGCAAUCCAGAGGCAGCAGUGGUUUAUUGACCUGAUGAACCCACCUGAGCAGAUGGGAUUUGGUGGGGAGGAUAUAAUCUUGCCAUUUGGGGAUGCCAACCACAAUUCUCUUUGGUCUAAUGCCUAUUUCCCUUAAGAAAAAAAUAUUGUUUGAUUGACAUGAGUUUGUCUUGAGGGAUUUAUUUUGUUGCUUGUUUUUAGAUCUUGUUGUUCUCAUCGUAUUGCUUCUAGUCCACUGGAAGCUUAUGAACUUGAAUAUUUCUAUGUACACAGAUUUUGUUAUUGAAAAUAAUGUUAGUUGAAUCACAGAUAAAGAUUUGCUGUUUUUCUGAUUGAA